AUGGAUGAAGGGAUGGCACGGCCCGAAGCUGUGACCUGUUCUCAGCUCAAGUCUUUGGGCCACAUCCCCGGGUUACAAAUGAAUGCCAAAAGCCGCUCCGCAGGGAGCAGCGCCCGAGCGAGCCCGGCGGCGCGGGCAGAGCCGGGGGCGGCUCCGGCAGCGCCGGGUGCCCCCUCCGCCGACAGCGGCCCCGCCCCGGGUAGGGGCUCCCGUCGGGGCAGCCCCCCCCACCCGCCCGCCCCCGGGGCCACGCGACCCCCGUGCGGGCCGCCCCCUGCCCUGGCCCAUAUAGCCGCGGGGGGCCGGCGGCUCGCUCUCCCCGACGGCGCCGGGCGAGGAGGGCGGCGCGUCAACCGCUCGCCUUCCCCUCGGACCCCGCUCUACCUGCGGCCUCCCGGCAUGGCGCUGGCCCUGGCCGGCGAGCCGGGCCCCACCGCGGACGCCGCGGACGCGCUCGGGCUGAGCCCCGCCGGGCUCGCCGCCUACUACCCGCCCUUCCUGCCCCCGGCGCAGUACUUGGAGGCGCCCCCCGACUUCUUCCAGCCGCUGGGCCGCCUGCUGCCCCCCUCCCCGCCGCUGCCCCCCUUCGGCAUCCCCGCUUUCCUCGGCCUCCCGCCGCCNGACUUCUUCCAGCCGCUGGGCCGCCUGCUGCCCCCCUCCCCGCCGCUGCCCCCCUUCGGCAUCCCCGCUUUCCUCGGCCUCCCGCCGCCCCCCUCGGCCCCGCCGCCCCAUCCCCAGGCCCCGGCGGACACUCCGCAGCGGGCGGUCCGGCCCGGGGUGGGGUUCGAGGCGGCGGGGCAGGGCCGCAGGUUCCACUUCAGCGAGGAGGAGCUGAACGCGGUGCUGUACGGGGCGCUGCGCAGCCCCCAGCUGCCCGGCGGCCUGCACGCCAUCUCGGGGCUCCGCGUACCCCCAGCCAGCCCGGGUGCCGUCCGCUCCCCCCCGGCGCCGCCGCCCGACGGGGACGCGCUGCAGCUGCCUGAAGGGCUGGCCGUGCUGCGCGUGGCCUACGGGGACGUUUGGCACUUCGGGGUGUUCUGCACCGCCCCCAUCCCCAAAGGAGUCCGCUUCGGCCCGUUCCAAGGCAAAGUGGUCAACACCACCGAGAUCAAGACUUACGACGACAACUCGCUGAUGUGGGAGGUCUUCGAGUACGGGCAGCUGAGCCACUUCAUCGACGGGAAGGGCACGUCUGGCAACUGGAUGUCGCUGGUGAACUGCGCCCGGUUCCCCGAGGAGCAGAACCUGACGGCGCUGCAGUGCCAGGGGCAGAUUUUUUACGAGAGCUGCCGGGAGAUCGCGCCCAAGGAGGAGCUGCUGGUGUGGUACGGGGACUGCUACGUGCAGUUCCUGGGCAUCCCCAUCUGCUUGAAGGGCAUGCCGGAGGCGGGGCGGCCCUCGCAGCACCCCGAAGGCGCCGGGGAGAGCUUCAAGUGCGAGCGCUGCGGGAAGGUGUUCGCCUACCGCUACUACCGCGAUAAACACCUCAAGUACACGCGCUGCGUGGACCAGGGCGACAGGAAAUUCCCCUGCCACCUCUGCAGCCGCUCCUUCGAGAAAAGGGACCGGCUGCGCAUCCACGUGCUGCACGUCCACGAGAAGCACAGGCCCCACAAGUGCUCGGUGUGCGGGAAGAGCUUCUCGCAGUCCUCCAGCCUGAACAAGCACAUGCGGGUUCACUCCGGGGAGCGCCCCUACAAAUGUGUCUACUGUAACAAGGCGUUUACAGCUUCCAGCAUCCUGCGCACGCACAUCCGCCAGCACUCGGGAGAGAAGCCCUUCAAGUGCAAGCACUGCGGCAAAGCCUUCGCCUCACACGCGGCACAUGACAGCCACAUGCGGCGCACGCACAGCAAGGACAAGGGCAGCACCUGUGCGGUGUGCGGCCAGCACUUCCCGGAGCUGGAGGAUUACCGCUUCCACAUGAACGUCCACGCUGCUGCUCAUUAGCCAGGAGUCUGCUCCUAGACCAGCUCUGUGGGUGUUGUCAGUGUACAUGUAUGUAUGUUGGUUGUGUGCGUGCCGCAGGAGGCAACGUUGACUCUCGUGGUGUGGGUCACAAGAGUGCAGUCUGAAAUACAUUUCUGCGUGCAGACGGCUGGUUUGUAGCACUCAGACUCAGUGUUGGGGUGAGCUCUGACAUGCACUGACCCUCCCUCCCCUUCCUCUCUUGCCAUGCUCCCUCAUUUUCAGGAGUGUCCCUUCCUCUCAAGCCUCUUGUGCAUGAGUAUCAGUGUGAUGGACGUUACCAGACCUCUAACGCACCACAGUUGUGGGCUGCCUGGUGCUGUCCAUGCCAAAGCUUUUUUGAGACACGUUCUUAGCAAGUAUGUGUACCAAAGCCAGUUUAACUUGUUUGGUUUUUUAGGCACAUGACCAGUUGUGGGGUCUAUCUAUCUCCUCGUAGUGGGCAAGUGAAUGAAUCCCUAUUUGGUAGUGAAUGCUGCUGGAGCAGCUUAAGAGUAUUUAAUUGUGGCUUCAGGGCCAGCUGAGCUGACCACGGAGCUCUGGGGCAGUGACACUGACUCUUCCUUUGCCCAGGAGAGAGGAGUGGGGUGUAUGAAAUAUGGAUGCAGGUGUGGGAAAUGGCUCCAGCACUGCUGUGGGGUGGUGGCUCUACCUUCUCUCUUUCUGCAGAAGACCAAGCCUGAAGCUGUUCUGGAACACCAGCAGCUCCCAGGUGGGUGGGCCAUGGGCACUAGCAUUCUGUAGCAGCUUUGCACUGGGCUCGGCACAGCCCAGGAGUAGGCAUGAUCCCACCCCUAGGCUCCUCUGUGUCGAGGCAUAAAGGUUUUUUAAUCUACUCUUGUACCUCACUUAAGGAAGGGGGAAAGCCCUUCCCCUAUUCCCAUUGUCACUUUAAGAUGGGAUGUGUAUGACAGACAGUCCCGGGUCUUCUUAAUCCGCAAAUCUGUGUGUGUGUGACAUUCUCUCUCCAAGCCAUGGGAAUGCCUUUGCUUUGAGGGAGGGCUGGAGAGUUUUGCCCUCCAUUUCUCCCUGACCAUGCAAGCAAGUUUGGACUGUGGUGUGUGGGCUUUCUGUUGAUUUGUUUUUAGUAAAAGGAAAAUGUUUGCUCAUAAAUGCCCUUUGUUUUCUAUAGAAAAAGCUACUCAUUUAGCUAUGGGUGAAGAAUUAGUUUGGAGCCCUUUUGUAGAAAACGGGGUUUGCUUUUUUUGUGCUCUGACUUGAAAGUAACACGUCAUGCAUCCUGUCUUUCAGUACCUACAAACCAUCCCAGGUGAAGCUUUCUCAGUGUGUAUUAUUCAAUGGCUAAAAUAUUUCCAGCCUAAAAUCCUUAGUGAUACUUUCUGCAAAACAGUCCCCAAAUGAGUAACUGUGGCAUUCCCUGGCAACAUGAAAGCUCACGUGGAAAUUUGUACUGGUGGACCACUGUGCAUGGGGAGCGCAGAGUCUUCCAUCUGUCAGUGCAAUGGGCAGGGGCUGUGUUUCUGCAGGAGGCUCCUGUGCUUGCACAGGUGUAUGUGCUGUGUUGCACACAGGAAACAAUAGCAGCCCUUGCUGGAGCUGAUUCUUUAAUGCAGGUAGUUUGGCGUUAUUGAGAUGAUAAGGUUCUCUUAAUAUCCUAGAUCACCUAGGAUUAACAACAACUUUUUGAGCAUAAGUACAGAAAUUGAAAGUGUAUUCUGUGCCUAACAACCUUAAUAUCUCUUUAAAUACAGUAUAAAACUAGAAAAAAAGUUACUUGCACAUUAGAUCUUGCAGGUACAGUAUAAGUAUAUAUAUUGACUUGCACUAAUUUUUAUAUGACUUAUUGUAUUUUAUGUUGCUUUGUCCUCAUCUUUAUGGUGAAAAUAAAAAAUUACAGAACCACUUAGUUGUAUGUGGAGUAUUGAGGCCUAGCACUGAGCAACGUCUGAAAUAAGCAAGCCAUAAAUGAAUGCAGCUGAGGGCGCUGAGCCUUAGUUACAGCAGCCUGCCAACACGCUGCAGGUGUUUUCUCUCAUGCAUGUAGAACCCUGGGCGACAGAAAUGUGAAUUGUGUCUGGGAAGGCUUUGCCGGUUUGGGCCCAUAAAUAACUCCAGAUUUGUUGAAAUCAUCAGCUAAUUACUGAAAAAAGUUGUGACUCAGAAUGGAUGAGAAGUGCUGUGACAUACAUAGUUAAGUUCACCUGUGGGCUACCUCGCUGUUUCUUGUGAAUGAGGGUUAUUUAUUUCAGUGGUGCAUCUUCUGUAGUGCUUUUAGCUGUGUGCUAUGUAAAGAACCUCCAUCUAUUUUGUCCUCAAAUAUUGUGAUGAGUUGUCUGUAAAAGAGUAUGUGAAGAGCUUUGCUUGUACUUGUGACUCAAGGUACUAGUCGUCUUGCACAUUGAACUCAUAUAUGUAAAUAUUUUAUGAUAAUUACUUUUCACAGAAAGGAAAAAAAUAAAUUAUUUGAGGCUCUGGUAUACAUGAAUUGGCUACAAGCUGCUUUCUGCCCGGUGCAUCUUGGUUGUGUAUUUGAGGCACUAACAAAUGGAUGAAGGGUGUUACCGUGUCAUUUGUAAGUCAUUACAGCAUGGAACUGCCUCUUUCUGGGAAUUACAGUCCUCCUCCCACUGGGUAACAGCUGACUGUAUCAGGAGGCAAAUAGACCAUUGAUGGAUUGGUCCAUAAGAGUCCCAGUAGCCAACAAACACUGAGACCAUUCACAUUUGGACUUA